UCUCGCGAUAAUACAGCAAGUACUUGCUGGCUGCAGGAGACUACUGUAACGCGUAGAGGCUUUGCGAUGUUUAUCUGUACACACAGACCGAAAAUGGCAGCUGUGAUUCCUGUUCAUUAAAAUACAACUGCAUUAUAAUAUUAUAUCUCACCCAACGUACGUACGGACUGUGAAAUGGAGGCUGGUGAAGGUCUGAGUAGUGCCACGCCCACAGAUGAGAUGAAUGGCGCUGGCACCUUGAUGGACUUCCUGGAGGAGCCAUUCCCUGAUGUAGCUACCUAUGAAGAUUUCCACACCAUUGACUGGCUGAGGGAAAAGUCAAGAGAUACUGACCGUCACCGCAAGAUCACCAGCAAGAGUAAAGAGUCCAUAUGGGAGCUGAUCAAGAGCCUGCUGGACGCCUGGUCAGGAUGGGUAGUGAUGCUCCUGAUUGGACUCCUCUCAGGUACAUUGGCUGGAGUCAUUGACCUAGCGGUGGACUGGAUGACAGACCUGAAAGAGGGUGUGUGUCUGUCCGCCUUCUGGUACAGCCACGAGCAGUGCUGCUGGACGUCCAACGAGACGACCUUUGAUGACCGUGACAAGUGUCCGCAGUGGCAGAAGUGGGCCGAGUUGAUGACAGGCCAUUCCGAGGGAGCGGGAGCAUAUGUGCUAAACUACUUGCUGUACAUCCUUUGGGCUCUUUCCUUCUCAUUCCUGGCUGUGUCACUGGUGCGAGUUUUUGCACCAUAUGCAUGCGGCUCUGGAAUCCCGGAGAUUAAGACCAUCCUUAGUGGCUUCAUUAUCCGUGGUUACCUGGGAAAAUGGACGCUACUCAUCAAGACCGUCACCCUGGUUCUGGCCGUGUCAUCGGGUCUCAGCCUUGGCAAGGAGGGUCCUCUGGUGCAUGUUGCAUGUUGCUGUGGGAACCUCUUUUGCAGCCUCUUUUCCAAGUACAGCAAGAAUGAGGGCAAACGCCGAGAGGUGCUAUCAGCCGCAGCGGCGGCUGGUGUGUCGGUGGCUUUUGGUGCACCCAUUGGUGGGGUUCUCUUCAGCCUGGAAGAGGUCAGCUACUACUUCCCUCUCAAGACUUUAUGGCGUUCCUUCUUUGCUGCCUUGGUUGCUGCUUUUACGCUGCGCUCCAUCAACCCAUUUGGCAACAGCCGGCUGGUCCUGUUUUACGUGGAGUACCACACGCCGUGGUACAUGGCCGAGCUGGUGCCCUUCAUCCUGUUAGGCGUCUUUGGUGGGCUCUGGGGGACCCUCUUCAUCCGAGCCAACAUCGCCUGGUGUCGACGGAGGAAGAUGACCCAGCUGGGGAAGUAUCCGGUCCUGGAAGUCAUCGCGGUGACAGCAAUCACUGCCGUGUUGGCGUAUCCCAACCCGUACACCCGGCGUAGCACCAGCGAGCUCAUCUCUGAGCUCUUCAACGACUGUGGAGCAUUAGAGUCAUCGCAGCUCUGCGACUACAUCAACAACCCCAACAUGAGCCGACCUGUGGACGAUAUCCCCGACCGCCCAGCUGGCCCCGGCGUUUACAACGCUCUGUGGCAGCUGGCACUCGCUCUCAUCUUCAAAAUUGUCAUCACGAUCUUCACCUUCGGCAUGAAGAUCCCCUCAGGCCUCUUCAUUCCCAGCAUGGCAGUGGGCGCCAUAGCAGGGCGGAUUGUGGGCAUUGCGGUGGAACAGAUGGCAUAUCACCAUCAUGACUGGAUCAUCUUCAAAAACUGGUGCCGGCCCGGCGCUGACUGCGUCACACCUGGACUCUAUGCCAUGGUGGGCGCUGCUGCCUGUCUGGGUGGCGUGACCAGGAUGACUGUGUCAUUGGUGGUCAUCAUGUUCGAGCUGACCGGUGGUCUCGAAUACAUCGUCCCGCUAAUGGCAGCUGCCGUCACCAGCAAGUGGGUGGCCGACGCCUUCGGGAAAGAGGGGAUCUACGAGUCGCACAUCCAGCUCAAUGGGUACCCGUACCUAGAUGUCAGGGAUGAGUUCACGCAUCGCACCCUGGCCGCCGACGUUAUGAGACCCCGUAGGAACGACCCACCGCUGGCUGUCCUCACGCAGGAUGCAACCACUGUGGAGGACGUGGAGAUGUUGAUCAAAGACACGGAUUAUAACGGCUUCCCGGUGGUUGUGUCCCAAGAUUCAGAGAGGCUCAUCGGGUUUGUGCAGCGCAGGGACCUCACACUUGCCAUCAAAAAUGCUCGUCAGAAACAAGAUGGCGUGGUGAGCAGCUCAGUUGUGUACUUCACCGAAGACGCACCGCAGCUGCCAAUGAGCACGCCACAGCCUUUGAAGCUUCGCCGCAUCCUCAACUUGAGCCCCUUCACCGUCACUGACCACACGCCCAUGGAGACGGUCGUCGACAUAUUCCGCAAGUUGGGGCUCCGCCAGUGUUUGGUGACACGGAGCGGGCGUCUGCUCGGGAUCAUCACCAAGAAAGACGUUCUGCGUCACAUGGCGCAAAUGAUGAACCAGGAUCCUGAGUCCAUCAUGUUCAAUUAGCCUUGUGACCUUCUGUGAAAACCCCCUCACACAUGUGGACAGGCCAACCUCAACUCUUGUGCUAAUCCAUGUGUGUGCUGUGACUGUCCACCCGCAUCGUUCAAGAUGCUCCACAUGACGUGAGUCUCGGAGUUAUUGGUGGUGUCGUACCUUGACUUACGAGUGCGCCAACUUCGGAGUUCAAGUUAGGAGCUGUCCCUCUGUUGUUGGUUUUUUUUUUUUUGUUCGUUUGUUUGUUUUUGGGGUUGGGGCGCUUUGUGUUGUAAGCUAAAACUUGAGGUACUAAUGGGGUCACUGAAUGCCACAACAUCCACCCAGCAUCCCAUUCAUGGUGGUGCCUUGAGAUACGUGUGACCCAAUUUAAGAUUUUUUUUUCAAGCUGUCCAGCAGUUAAUUUUUUGGUUAGGGUUUUUUUUCCCUUUGCUUUGAGUUACGAGCAUUUUUUUAGAAACGACCACUGAGCAGUUAACUCAGCUCACUUUGCAACAAGCAGCAGAGCUGGUUUCAUAAAAUGCUUAAUGCUGUUUAAUGCCAAUCUGUUGACAUUUGCUGUCAAUUUAAACAAAGGGAAUUACACAUUUUGCAUUUAAAACUAUUAGUUUGUCUUCAAGUCUGCUAGCUUAAAGCGAGCGCGUAAUGGGGGAAACUCCAUGGACAGUCUAACAAAUAGCAUUUUUGUCACAUUGCAAUUGAUAUUUGAAAACACACGCUGCAGCUACAAAUGUAUAUGAGACAAUAUAAUAUUCACAGACAUAAAACAACUAUAUUCCUGCAGCUUACCUAGUCACUUCGAAUAUUUCUUAAACUAUUGCCGCUCACUGGCCAAGUCACACCAUCAGUCCACUAACGACCCAGAAACUUUUUGAUUCUUACACUCUAUUUAUGUUAUUACUCUUUUUAUAAAAUGCAACACGAUAACAGUUUUGGUUUUU